CAUGCGGCAGUGCCCACACGGCCCAUGGUCCGUCAGUCCCACUCCCAGCCCCCACGCCAGCCCAGUCCCAGAUCUCAAAUCUCAGAUUUCACACACCUCACGAACGUCUCCUCCUCUCAAACCCUAAUCUUUCCCAACUCAUAGUAGCUCAUUAAUCAUCUGCAACCAUCUCCGGCGUUUCGUCCCUCCUCCACUGAUCAGCGGGUGCAGCUUCUAUUCUGUUGACCGUGUAGUCAUCUCCCUCUCUGUCGGUUUUCUCCCACUCUGUUUACAAACGCAAAAACAACCCUAAUAAGAUGGAUCCUGUUCCACCGCCUGCACCAGUCGGCUACAUCUGCGGAGAUUGUGGGACGGAAAACUAUCUGAAACAAGGCGACGUGAUUCAGUGCCGAGAGUGCGGUUACCGCAUCUUGUAUAAAAAACGUACUCGCCGAAUUGUUCAGUACGAGGCUCGCUGAAGAGAAUUAGAAGCUGCAGGACAUGCUGAUUGCAAGUAGAGUGUUUGGUUGCCUAUUUUCCUUAAAGAAAACUGAAUUUCCUUACUAGCAUUAUGAUGUAUUUUGACUACUAAAUCUCAUUACUAUGUGAUUAGUGGAGUACUAAUUCAUGUGUUUUGCCUGUACAAGCAGUAUUCAUGCCCUAUCUAUGAUGAUGGAAGCACAUAAGUUUUGUCUCUGAACAAAUGUUAGAUUCAAUACCAUGCUGUUUUAUGGUGCUGCUGUAGGUUUUUGCAGCUA